CCCCUUAAUUAAAGGCGUCGCGUCGGCGCGGCGGCCGCGGCUUUUUUUCUUCUUCUUCUUUCUCCACCCCGCACCCCGCACCCCGCAGCCCAAGCGAGGGAGGGAGGACGGAGGAGAGGCUCCGCCGGAAUAACCAACCAAACCCUUGUCGCGCUCCCCGCAGCCGGAGCAGCAGCAGCCAUGGGCGGCGGCAACGGCCAGAAGUCCAAGAUGGCCCGCGAGAGGAACGCCGAGAAGAACAAGGCAUCCAAGGGCAGCCAGCUCGAGGCCAACAAGAAGGCCAUGAACAUCCAGUGCAAAAUCUGCAUGCAGACCUUCAUCUGCACAACCUCUGAGGCCAAGUGCAAAGAGCACGCGGAGGCGAGGCAUCCCAAGAACGACCUCUACCAGUGCUUCCCCCACCUCAAGAACUAGUACGCGGCAGCAUAUGCUGAUCUGACAAGAGGCAUAUGCUCUACCGGAACCCCAAAGAGAAAACUUUCGCGAUCCACUAGUAUUGUUAUCAUCAUCAUGUGCGUAAUGACUGGUUGCUCUGUAUUACGGGUCUGAACUGCUGUCACAGCUGCUGCUUCGGUUGUGUUUGCCCAUCUAAAUAUGUAAUGUAACCGAUCGCUGUCAACCUGUUGCGUUACAACAUCGAUUGUGUGGAUUUGUGAUGCCCGUGCUUGCUCAAUAAUUUCACCGUGUCCUGUGUUCUGAA